AUGCCUUCCUCAUCGUCUGCAACAAUCAUCACUGCGUCUCGCUUAGAGAAGGAAAUCAAGGCCAUCUUUGAUUCUCCCUCCUUUGAGUUUGAAAACGAGUCGGAAAAGAGCAUUCGCAAGCAAGUCAUGGAACGAUUGGGGAUGGACGGCAAAUUUCCUUCCGACAAGAAGGAACUUUUCAAAAAGGUCAUCGCUCAAGUCGUGCAGGAACGAGCGGAUGAUGAUGACGAUGGUGACGACGGUGCCGAUGACGAUAAUGGUGAAGACAGUGAUGAGGAAAGUCACAAGUCUGACAUCGAGAGCAAUGAUGAUGAUGAUGAUGGUGAUGAUGGUGUUGAUGAUGAUGCUGGUAGCGACCUUUUAGACAGCGACGAGGACGAUCAAAAUGUUGAUCCCGCUCCCAAGGCUCGCAAGAAACUUUCCAAGAAGAAAGAAUCGCCCAUCAAGAAAAAGAAAGUAGUAAAAAAGACAAAGGAAACAUCCAAGGCAUCCAAAUCUACUACCAACAAAACCAAAAAGUCGACCAAGAAGUCCUCCUCUCCAACCACCACCUCUGCUGCUUCGACUCCCGCGUAUGCCUCGUAUGGCACAAAAGUCCAAAGCCUCCUCAAAUUGGGCCAAGCCAUGCGAUUUGGCCCUCGCCUCCAUGCAGGCCUAAAGGAUAUGCAAGACGACGACGAGCGCAUCGAAGCCUUGACCAAGCGCUUGCAAGAUGCCGGGGCCACUUGGAAGGGUAUUGUUCCAUCCACCCAAGAUAUCCAGGCGGCCAAGGCUGAGAAAAAGCGUAAAGACGAUUUGGAUGGUUUGGAUACCUCCUUGAUUAUUCAAGAAGGACGGGGUCGUCGCAAUCGUGGAUCCGUCAAUUAUGCCCUUCCUUCUGCCUUGGAAGAUGACGAGGAUGCUGAUGAAAAAAUUGAAGAAGAAGAAGAGGAGGUCAAGCGACCCACAAAGAAACGCAAGAGUCCCAAGAAGAAACAAGACGAUGAUGAUGACGAUGAUGAUGAUGAUGGAGACUUUCAAGGUGACAGCAGUGAUGGGGAGGAUGACUUUGGUUCGGAUGCCGAAUUAGAAGACUACUCGUAG